AUGAUUCCUGCGGAUUUGCCAACUCCCUCGAUUGGCCAGGCAAAGCUUUUGACACCUGUCCUGGAAUGCCACGCCGCUGCCCAGGCGUGGAGCAAUAAUGAGCGACCCAUGGAAAUGACGGGUUCAACGUUGCACUACAGUCGCGUGGUGAAUUUGCUUGGGUUUGAAUUACCAUGGGCUUUCUGGGACCAUGCUUGA